AUGUCAAAAAGAAAUAGUACUUCAAUUGAAGAGCGUGAAUGGUCUUUUGAUAGAGAAAGAAUUGGUAAUGCAGGGAAAGGAUUUGGAAAUUUGAUGAAUGAUAAUGGAAAGCAAGAAUCCAUUGCUGAUUUGAUUGCAAGUGAAAAGGAUGAAGAUGUAGUUAAAUUGGCAAAAUUCACACAAAGACAUGCAGAUCAAAUGAAUAAAUCACGUUUAUCUGUAAUAGAACAUGAGAAAUAUCCCAAAGAGAAUAAUAGUUGCUCUAGUAGGUUUAAUCCAUCGGAUGCUACUUUAAACAAUUCUCGAAUGUGUAAACAAUUUCUUGAAACCAAAUAUGAUGUUAUUUUUAAAUUAAUAAACAAUGACCAUGUUUAUAAUCCACUUCAGGUAAUAAAAAAGAGAAAUAACGAAAGGAUAAAUAGUAGUGAAAAUGAAAAUGAUAUAGAAAAUAGUGAAUUCGAUAAUGAAAAUUCUAUAAUAAUAGCGCAACAAAAAAGAAAUCGUCAUAAACAAAAAGAUGACCAAUUAAAUAAUGAUGAUUACAUUUUAGAAGAGAAUCCAAUAGCCUCCUCUCCAAACGAUCAUCAACCUGUUCGUGCCACUACAGAACCAAUUCUACACAAUAAUACCAAUAAUAAUUCAAAACGACGAUUAUCACAGAUUUUUAUUCCUCCUUCAUCAUCAUCGCCAUCGUUGUCGUCGCUGUCACCACCUGCUGAUAAACAUGUAGUUGUUAAUUCAGAAAACAAUGAAAACCUUCUACAAAAAAGAUCAAAAGCACUAAUUCAAUCACCAUUAGAAAAAAUGAAUGAUUUUCCAACGUAUUCUGGUGAAAUAAUGAAUUCUGUUGAAGACGCGCAAAAAUCUCAAGAAAAAUUAAAUAAUAACAUCAUAUAUACAAUUCAAGACUAUGAUGAAUCCUCGGAUGCAAGGUUUAUGGAAAAUGAUUAUGAGAAUACAACAAGAAUAAAAAAUUUUUUGGAUGAUAAUUUUAUAAAUGAUAAUAGCUCUAGUAAAGAUGAUGAUUCCAUUUCUACUUCCAUUGGUUUUAGUAGAUCUUCUUCAUUUUCAGCUAGACAUUCUAUGGAUGAUUCAAUAAAGGUAUCAUCAAAUUCAAUUAUUAUUGAUAUUGAAGCAACCGAUAAUGUUAUGGAAUUGGAUGAAAAUGCGAAAGAAAAUAGUAAUGAUGGUCCAAGGUUAUCUGGAGAAACAAUUCUUGUUAAUACUGAUGUACUUCCUAAUGAACUGAUUGAUUUAAUCUACACAUAUCAGGAGAAGGGGUUAAUAUCGCCAGCAGAAAAAAAUGAAAGAUAUAUUGAGCUAGAUUAUGGUUUGAAUGAAGUUUUCAAGUUCAAAAGGUCGAUUCAUCACGGAGUGAAUCCAUUGAAUUUGGAUGUUUCACUUCUUGGAGAUACAAAUAAAGAUUAUCAAAGCUUUGUUCAACAAGAAAUAGAUGAAUCGUUGCGCAGAUGUGAUACUUAUAUUCAAGAUGCAACUAAAUUCUUAGAAACAUAUAGGGAAAAACUUUCUGUUAAGGAAAAUGCUAUACAAAAAAAUGAUUAUUACUCAUUGGAAUCAAAUAAUUUUAUAAUUGCUAAACAUUCUAAAACAAAAGGUCAAUCUUUAUAUGAAUUAAAAGAUAGUAUUGAUAUAGGAGCAAAUUCUUUAAAUGAUAAGCUUGAUAAUAUCAACAAUGUCUUUUCAAAAGAAAUGAAAGAAAUGACCUUUGAUGUCAAUAAUGAUUACUUUCAUGAGUUGAAAAUACUUGAAGACGAAAUUCAGCUUUUAGACACUGAAAGAGGCAAAUCAUCUUGGGAAGAUUAUUUUUAUUUGAUAAUGUCAUAUGUUCUUACAGAUUAUGUUGAUGAAGGAGAAGAAAUUGGAAAGAAAGAAGUAAUAUUUCUAUGUCAUGGGUUUCCUGAUUUAUGGUAUGGCUGGAGGUAUCAAAUACCUUUUUUGGUGUCUAAAGGAUACAGAGUUAUUGUUCCUGAUCUUCGUGGAUGUGGACAAACUGAAGCACCUCAUUGCCCACCAAAUGAUCUACACCAAUAUGGAUUUAAAAAUAUUUGCAAAGAUAUGACUGAAUUGAUGAAUCAAUUGAAUAUUCAAAAGGCUAUAUUUUUGGGUCAUGAUUGGGGAGGAUUUUUAGCAUGGAGGAUGUGCAUACAUUAUCCUGACAGAGUUAGAGCUGUUAUAAGUAUCUGUACACCAUAUACACCACCACGUGAGAAUUAUAUAAAAAUUGAAUCUAUAGCAGAAUUGUUACCAAAUCUUUCAUACCAAACAGAAUUAUUUCUUAAAAGUAUUUUCCGUUCUUCCAAACAUGAGCAUCAUGUAGUUCUUUUUGAUGGAAAUUCUAUGUUGGGCGAUGCAGUACAUGAUGUGCCAAGAAGUUCAAUAAUUAGUCAAAAGGAAUUGGAUUAUUAUGUGAGACAAUAUAAAUCAAAUGGAUUUCAUGGUGGCCUGAAUUAUUAUAAAACAAGAAAAGUCAACUUUCAAGAUGAGAAAGGCACAAGAAAACAAAUUAAUCAUCCAUCAUUAAUGAUUACUGUUGGUAAAGAUUCAGCUUUGCCACCAAGUAUGGCUAAAGGAAUGAAUAAAUUUUGUAUGAAUUUAACAGUAAAGCACAUUGAAGAAUCCGGGCAUUGGGUUAUGAUAGAAAAAACAAAUGAAUUAAAUCAAAUAUUAGAAGAUUAUUUAAAUGAUUUAGAAUUAAUUGAAAAGAAACUUCAAAAAAGUAUUUUUGCUUGUGCCCCAGCUACUGUUCGAGGACAGGCAGUUCAACUUGGUUCUGAUCCAAAAGGCGAAAACUUUCUUUACGCCAAUGGAAAUUCUAUUAUUAUUAGGAAUUUAGCUAAUCCUGCUAUUUCUAAUGAAUAUGUACAACAUUCUGCAGCAACUACCGUUGCUCGUUAUUCACCUAGUGGUUAUUAUAUAGCAUCUGGUGAUAUUCAUGGAAAUGUUAGAAUAUGGGAUGCAACUCAACCUGAACAAAUUUUAAAAAAUGAAGUAAAAGUAAUUGCAGGAAAAAUUAAUGAUCUAUCUUGGGAUUCUGAAAGCAAAAGAAUUAUUGCUGUUGGUGAUGGUAAAGAAAAAUAUGGGCGUGCGUUUUUGUUUGACACUGGAUCUUCUACUGGAGAAGUAGGCGGACAUUCAAAGGUGGUUAAUACUGUUAGUAUUCGUCAACAAAGACCUUUCCGUGCUGCUACAGGGUCUGACGAUUACACUGUAGUAUUUUAUCAUGGUGCACCAUACAAAUACAACAUGACGAUUAAAGAUCAUACUUCCUUUGUUCAAGGAGUAAAGUUUUCUCCUAAUGGUGACACACUUGUAACAGUUGGAUCCAAUAAAAUAUUUUUAUAUAACGGAAAAACUGGAGAAAAAUUGAUUGAUCUUUCAGAGAAAGCAGGAGAAUCUGAUUCUCACAAAGGCAGUAUUUAUGCUGUCUCGUGGUCACCUGAUAGCAAACAAUUGUUGACAUCAUCGGUAGAUCGUACUGUUAAACUUUGGGAUGUCGAAGGACAAAAGGUUAUUCAAACUUUUAAAUUUUCCGACUCAAUUGAUGACCAGCAAGUUGGUAAUUUAUGGCAAGGAGAAUAUAUUCUUAGCCUUUCAUUAUCAGGUGAUAUUAAUUAUUUAGAUUUAAAGUCGCCAUCACCUGUAAAAGUAGCUAAGGGACACCAAAAAGCAAUUACUGCACUUACACGUGACAAAGAUGGAACAUUAUUUACUGGAAGUUAUGAUGAGGAAGGAAGUAGUAAAUCAAUUAAUGGUCAAGGACAUACAAAUCAAAUUGUUCAAAUAAUUUCUCAAGGAAAUAAAAUAGUUUCAGUUGGAAUGGAUGAUAAGGUUAAAUUUAUUGAUAAUUCUACAAAAACUUUCAAAGAUUCAUCAGUACCAACUGGAGCUCUCACCAAAGGAAUUACAAGUGUAAACGAUGAUGAUAACAAGAUCAUUAUUGCCACUUUAUCUGAUAUACAAAUUAUUCAAAAUGAUCAAAGUAUAUUUAGUCAUCCUUUAUCUAAUUCUUCGCCUGGAGCUAUUGCUUUCAAUAAACAUAAUAAUGAAUUAGCUGUUGGUUCAAUUGCUUACUCGCCUGAUGGAUCACUUAUAGCCGUAGGCAAUUCUCAAGGAAAAAUAAUUGUUUAUGACAAUGAAACCAAAAAAGUCAAAAUAGAUCAAUGGAUAUUACAUACUGCUAGAAUUAAUGCGAUUGCCUGGUCACCGGAUGGACUUCAUGCGGCUAGUUGUUCCUUGGAUACAAGCAUUUGCGUUUGGAGUGUAGAAAAUCCAUCAAAACGAAUAUUGAUCCCAAGGACUCACCAAGAUAAUGUUACCGGUUUAACAUUCUUAGAUGAUGACAACAAUACAUUAUAUUCUGUUGGCCAAGAUGCAUGUUUAAAAGCUUGGUCAAUCAAAUAUCAUUAA